CCGUAUCAAACUCCCAGUGAGGCUCGGAGUCUUGACAUGUCCCGAGACGAAUUUGAUGGGCAGCGAUCGGAUAUGCGCUCCAGAUCAACAGUACGUGAAAUUCCAGUUCGCGCUGUGUCAUCACUUGGACCGGGUGCUACGACUGCUGUCGAGUACAGGAGUGGUACGACACCGUGGGGAGACAAUUUUCAAGAAUAUUACAGGAAAGAAGUGAUGACACGAACCUAUGUCACACGAUCAACUGAGGCACUUUCUGCACCCCCAUUGUCCAGAUCCUCGCCAAUAACCACUUCACGUGAAAGAUAUCCUUCUAAUGAACGUCAUUAUCCCAGGGAAGAACGUAUGGUUGACUACAGCUAUAAAUACACCAGAAAUUUAGAAGAAGAAGAAAGACGAAUAAAAGAGGAUCAGGAACGUAGAAGGCAAGAGGAAGAAGAGCGUCGGCGUAGAGGUGAAGAAGAACGUGCGUUGUGGGAGUUGCGAGAAAGAGAGCUGAUUGAAAAAAUGAAACAAGAACGUGAACAACGACAUCGUAACUUGGAAUCUGAAAGAGUUGAACGUGAACGCCAAGAACUUCAAAGACUGGAACGGGAUAGGAGAGCGAGGGAGGAAGCGGAGAUGAGAAGAAGGAAGGACUGGGAACGUAGGGAAAGUGAAAGACGAUUGCUUGAAGAGCAAGACUUGGAAAAGAGGAGACAGAUGGAGAGAGAACGCCUAGAGAAGCAAAGAUUGGAAGAGGAAAGACUUGAGAAGGAAAGGUUUGAGCGAGAACGUUUAGAACGUGAGAAGGAACGUCUUGAAAGAGAACGCCAGGAACGUGAGCGUCUGGAAAGGGAAAGAAGAGAACGAGAGCGUAUUGAAAUGGAAAGGCUAGAAAUAGAAAGGAUAGAAAGAAUCAAACGGGAGAGAAUUGAGAAGGAGAGGCUUGAAAGGGAAAAGGAACGAGAGGAGGCGGAAAGGAGAGAGAAGGAGCGGUUGGAAAGGGAGCGUAUUGCAGAAGAAAAGCGUGAGCUUCUUCGUAUAGAACAGAAACUGCGGGAAGCUCAGCGGCGAGAGGAGGAAAAGCGACAAGCCGAAAGAGCUGCCGAAGAGCAGCGGGAAGCACAGAGACGAGAGCAGGAAAGGCGAGAUGCCGAGAUGCUGGCUGAGAUGCAGCGCAAAGCUGAAGAAAAAGAAGCUCAACGACGACUUACAGAGCGCUUGGAAAAAGAACGUUUAGAAGCGUUAAGAAAAGAACAGGAACGUAUAGAUCUGGAACGACAGGAAAUUGAAAUACGCGAAAGGCAACGUUUGGAGGAUGAACGAAGGGAGAAAGAACUUCUCGAAGCCCAACGUCGAGCAGCUGAACGGAGGGAAAAAGAGAGGCUGGAGGACGAGAGGAGGGAACGUGCAAGACAAGAUGAAGAACGACGGGAAGCUGAACGUAGAGAAAGGGAACGGAGGGAACAGAUCAGAAGGGAGCACGAGAGACAGCUUGAGGAGCAAAUGGAACGUGAGAAGCUUGCAGCUCUGGAGAAGGCUGCUCAAGAAAGACGUCUCGCCCGCGAAGCUGAAAAGCAGUUGGAGGAGCAUCGAGAACUGUUGGUAAGGAAGACUCAGGAAUUUAAAGAACGUGAAAGACUUGAAGCAGAAAGGCGAGAACGUGAAAGAAUUGAAGAGGAACGAACACUUUUUGAGCUGCGUGAGAUGGAGAAAAGAAAUGCUGAAAUGAGAGAGCGCGAACGGCGUGAAGCAGAGGCUCGAGAGAUAGCACGAAAGCGCGACUACAAGAGAAGUCGGGAUAAGUUGGAUUUAAUUGCACGAGAAAUUGAGGAAAAGGAGAAGAUGGAGAACGAGAAACGGCGUUUGGUGGAAGAAAUGGAAGAACGUGAUAGGAGGCGUCAGAUGCUGACAUCUCACGAGACACUCGAAAAACUUACUAAGGCUCCAUAUUUUUCACGUGAAAACUUGCAAAUGAAACCUUUCGGGUCACGUGAAAACCUCAGUGGCGAAGUGACCACCAAGGUCGAACGGCAGAUAAUAGAGAGAGUGGACAGGACUUAUUGGUCUGAUGACCAAAGUUGUAGGUACCCAAAAACUUCUGCAUCUGGCGAUUCUCCAGAUGCGGAUCUUAGUUCGGGAAAGGAGCGUAUUUAUCAACGACGACUCACAGAAGAUGAAGAGUUCAAUCGCAGUUCAACAAGGAGGUCAAGUAAAUACAAAUUAAGGAUGGAGAAGGCUAAAAAGGAUUUCUUAACACCUGAUGCUAGCCCUAUAUCAGACCCACUGAGUGACCGAUUCAAGGCUUCUGUAGAUGAACCUUUUCUGAAACCUUCUAGCGACCUCCGGACGCCACUUGUUCAGAAAUAUAGCGACAGCGAAUUUGUAACCAAGACAGACUUCCGGAAUAUCCCGUACUCUAGAGUUGGACCAAGUCCCUACGAUGAGGAAUAUCGGCGUUUGUUUGAAAAAGUGGACAAAACCUGGGCUGCUUAUAGACAGCGGGCCUCACAGCCCAAUUUGUAUAGCCGCAGUUUGGCUUGCUCAUCAACAUACUUGGAGACCAAUCUUGACACGGGUAUAAGAGACAUAGGCUCCAUACAGCGACAGAUAGAAGAAACAAAUCUCGAUGACGUUCAUCGCUCCGGUUCAGUGUUGGGCUAUUCAAGGCAGAGUAGACGAGAUAUGGCCAACUCCUUCGAGCCGUCUUCGCAUGUCCGGUCAAAGAGUGCUGAUUAUUUAAUGGAUCGAAAAAUGCGAGAAGAAUCUGCGCCACCAGAGAAUGAACUGCAAAAAUUUGGCGAAAAAACACCGGAUCCCUCAGAACAUGAGUUACGUUUUCGAAAAUCGACAGAGAAAUUGCAUGUGCCUGAAUGGUACAGGGAAAAACGUUCUGGCAAGCAAUACGAAUUAGACACGUCGAUAAAUACAACAACUUCGGAAAAGAUCCCUUAUGCCGACUCUGACUCUCAAAAUUACAAUUCUUACGUGCCUACAAGAUAUGAGCAGAUGAGACGAUCUGUUGACCAACCGGAUGCUAUACAGCUACCUACUGGUAUGUUUGACAAAUAUAAGGAUGAAAUUGCAGAAGCUCGUCGCAGUCGAACAUCUUUGCAUCAAGUCGGCGUCGAUAGAAAGGUUUGUGUUGUAUAA